AUGGCUCAGGGCACCACCACGGCCAGCGGCGCCAGCCUCUCUGCCAACGACAAGAUCCAGCGCUUUGCUGCUCCCAGCCGGCCCCUCAGCCCCCUCCCCGAGCACGCUCUCUUCCACGACAAGACCCGAUGCUUCGUCUACGGCCUCCAGCCCCGAGCUGUCCAGGGCAUGCUUGACUUUGAUUUUAUCUGCAAGCGCAAGACCCCCUCCGUCGCCGGCAUCAUCUACACCUUCGGUGGCCAGUUCGUCAGCAAGAUGUACUGGGGCACCUCCGAGACUCUGCUGCCCGUCUACCAGCAGACCGAAAAGGCCAUGGCCAAGCACCCCGACGUCGAUGUCGUUGUCAACUUUGCCUCGUCUCGCUCCGUCUACAGCUCCACCAUGGAGCUGAUGCAGUACCCCCAGAUCAAGACCAUUGCCAUCAUUGCCGAGGGUGUUCCCGAGCGCCGCGCGCGUGAGAUUGCCCACGCUGCCAAGAAGAAGGGUGUCACCAUCAUCGGCCCCGCCACCGUCGGUGGCAUCAAGCCUGGUAGCUUCAAGAUCGGUAACACCGGUGGCAUGAUGGAUAACAUUGUUGCUUCCAAGCUCUACCGCAAGGGUUCCGUCGGCUACGUCUCCAAGUCUGGCGGCAUGUCCAACGAGCUUAACAACAUCAUUUCGCAGAACACAGAUGGCGUCUACGAGGGUAUUGCCAUCGGUGGUGACCGUUACCCUGGUACCACUUUCAUCGACCACCUGCUCCGCUACCAGGCCGAUCCCGCCUGCAAGAUCCUCGUCCUCCUCGGUGAGGUUGGUGGUGUCGAAGAGUACAAGGUCAUCGAUGCCGUCAAGAAGGGCAUAAUCACCAAGCCCAUCGUCGCUUGGGCCAUUGGUACCUGCGCCAGCAUGUUCAAGACUGAGGUCCAGUUCGGUCAUGCUGGUGCCCUGGCCAACUCUCAGCUCGAGACCGCUGCCACCAAGAACAAGUCCAUGAAGGAGGCUGGCUUCCACGUCCCCAACACCUUUGAGGACAUGCCCACCGUUCUCGCUGAGCUCUACCAGAAGCUCGUCAAGGACGGCACCAUUCAGCCCCAGCCCGAACCUGUUGUCCCCAAGAUCCCUAUUGACUACUCUUGGGCCCAGGAGCUCGGCCUCAUCCGUAAGCCCGCUGCUUUCAUCUCCACCAUUUCCGACGACCGUGGCCAGGAGCUUCUUUACGCUGGUAUGCCCAUCUCCGACGUCUUCAAGGAGGAUAUUGGCAUUGGUGGUGUCAUGUCUCUGCUCUGGUUCCGCCGCAGACUCCCCGACUACGCCUCCAAGUUCCUCGAGAUGGUUCUCAUGCUUACUGCCGAUCACGGUCCCGCCGUUUCCGGUGCCAUGAACACCAUCAUCACCACCCGUGCCGGCAAGGAUCUUAUCAGUGCCCUCGUGUCUGGUCUCCUUACCAUUGGCUCCCGUUUCGGUGGUGCUCUUGAUGGUGCUGCUGAGGAGUUCACCAAGGCUUUUGACAAGAACCUGAGCCCCCGUGAAUUUGUUGACAGCAUGCGCAAGGCCAACAAGCUCAUCCCCGGUAUUGGUCACCGCGUCAAGUCUCGCAACAACCCUGAUCUGCGUGUCGAGCUUGUCAAGGAGUAUGUCCUUGCCAAGUUCCCCAGCCACAAGCUCCUCGACUACGCCCUGGCUGUCGAGACCGUCACCACCUCGAAGAAGGAUAACCUGAUUCUCAACGUCGAUGGCUGCAUUGCCGUCUGCUUCGUUGACCUGCUUCGCAACUGCGGUGCCUUUUCUCCCGAGGAGGCUGAGGACUACCUUGGCAUGGGUGUUCUCAACGGUCUCUUCGUUCUUGGUCGCUCCAUUGGUCUUAUUGCCCACUACCUCGACCAGAAGAGGCUGCGCACUGGUUUGUACCGUCACCCCUGGGACGACAUCACCUACCUCCUCCCCAACCUCCGCGAAGGCCGGCCUGGCGCUGAGGGCAGAGUUGAGGUGCAGAUGUAA